AUUCAUAAACCCUAGUCCCUCCCUACAACCUCGUCACUCUGUUCUGUUCUGUUAUGCUCAAAACCCUCAGGCUCAAUACCCGACGCUCCUUCGGUUCUGAAUAUUCGAUCACCAAUGGCCGCCAGAUCCAUUUUACGGUCGGUCUCUUCCCGCGGCGGAGCCGCCGCGCUUUUUGCCUCCGAAGCCAAAGCGGCGCGCGCUCCAUUUCGUAUGGCAGCCAGGAAACCUCUCUCUCAACGCGUUCUCAGGUCUCCCGUUGAGAUGAGCUUCUGUGUGGAGUCGAUGCUUCCGUACCACACAGCCACGUCGUCGGCUCUGAUGACCUCGAUGCUUUCUCUCACCCGCCGCAGUUGCGGUUGGCUUCCGGAAGGCAGUGACACCUCAUAAACUUAGGAGUAUCGGUAUGAGCCGCAGAAGAGACAAGUUCCAUGUCAUGAGCUGCUAAAUCUAGAUCAAAUAGUAGGCCUUAGUGUCGUUUUUUUCUCCAGAGCAGAACAAGACUGCCCUCUCCUUUUCUGUUUUGCGAUUGCUCAAUAGUAGUAGUACACCACUCUAAAUGGGGGGAAUGUAAUGCGGAAUACUAAAUUUAGUACUUAUAUUGAUCUAUGAUUUUUGAUUGAUGUGAAUGAAACAUAGCAUCUUGCAAUAACCCCAUAAAAUGCUCUAUUUUUAUUAGUCAAUAAGAAGUGCAAAGAAAAUCUAUUAUCCUUUAGUAUUGUGGUAGCCGU